UUCUCCAGCUGAUUGCCUCUCAAACAAAAACUAACCUGCAACAACAAAAUGUCACACGCUGCUGCACAUCACAGACUGUAUAUUUAAUUUUAUUCAAUCACAAAUGCAAAUAUGUUUGGGACUUUGAGAAGUAAAUUCCAAACUGUACAGGAUGGCAUAUCUGCGAGUCUGAGGGGAUUCUCACUAUCAGAUAGUCCAAAAACUAAAAAAUCUCUACACGUUGGGAAAGUGAAUUAUGGAGCUGGAGCAGAUAUUUUGCACCACUUCCAGCUACAGUGGAAUGAGUUGCACGAACUUGCCGAAGAGAAUGCAACGAAAUCACGUGAGGUGGAUAUUUUGAUCGGUGGAAUUUACGAGAGGCUUGACAGACAGUGGAGUAGUAUCAAUAUUUUGAAUGGAACAUUGGCAGCAAUACCAAAAAUUAAUAACGACAUCCAGAAUUUGAUGGAUCAAAUAGGUUCGUUGGAAGAGGCUUUUGAGGAAGUUGAAGCUGCACUCUACAGACUGGAAGAUCUCAAUGAGACUUUGGAGCUCCAGAAUAGGCAACUCGACCAUAGAUUUCAGUUGGCUUUGUACAAGGAGAAAAAAUUGGCAGAGUUAGAUUCUGUCAGAGCUGAGCUAGCUCGAGACCAUAAGGAGAGAGUUCUUCAACAGGAAUUAAGGCAACAAAAAACGUUGAAAGAGAGACAAGAGACAUUUGACAAGGUCUUCCAAGGAGAAUUGGAGAAUUACAAAGUCACCGGCUCUGUACCGAAAAUUGUAUCCCCUCAUAAAGGUCCAACACUGGAGGAAAUUGUUUUGGAGAACGAUUCAACUGAUUUCGAUGAAUUUCUAGAGAGCUAAAGAUAUAAAAAUUACUUAACAUUUAUCAUUGUGAUCAUUGAGCUUAUCUAUUUUAUGAAAAAUUCCUUUUAUAAUAGAUUGCGUAGAAGUUAAAUGGCGACCGCCCUUUAUUUGCUAUUUUCCUGCACUUUAUUUGUAUAGAUUCAAUAACAAUAUAAAAUUGCAAAAUUUUCAAAUUUAAGUUCCUAUUAUUUGAAGCCUGAAGAUUCAGUCCUUUAGAAAAAAAAGCAUGCACUGAAUGCAAAUCGGAUGUAAAUCGACAUUUGUUCAUAUUUUAGAAAGAUAUAAUAUGCUGGAAAAAAUGUUUCAAUACAAAAGUUGUGAAGACUUCUUUA